UUUAAAUAGAUAUAAUAUAAUAAAUCAUAUUUAUUUAACAUCUAAAACAUGGGAUACUAACAAUUAUCUUACACCCACAUUAAAGGUGAAAAGAUUCUAUGUAUUUAAGGAUUAUAACUUUUUCAUUGAAGAAGUUAAAAAAAUAUAUAAACACAAAUUAAAAGGAGUUGAUGAAGUCAACAAAAAUAAGGAAAAAAAAGAAGAGAAGAAUAAUGAAAAAAAUAAAAACCAAAAAAAUGAAGAGCAAAAUUCAAAAGAUAUACAUACCAAAAACGCAGUUCAGCAAACGAAGUUAAGGCCCACAAAAGAAAAAUUUACAGAAAAGAAAGAAGAAAAAGAAAAGAAUACAAAAUUAAGAGCACGAGCUAAAGAUAUGACCCAAGAAUUAGAAUCAAAUAAAUAA